AUGGGUGCCAAUAACUCGGUGGAACGCGAAACCAAAAAACGGCUUUGCAAAGCCGCAAAGGAAGGAGACUUGGAGGUGCUUCAACAGAUUUUGAGUGAUCCUAUGGGAUCGACUUUGGUGAAUUCGUUCGGACCAACUCCGCUCUAUGAAGCUGCUUGUUGGAAUCAAGUGGAAGCAGCAAAACUUCUUUUAAAACACGGAGCUAAUGUGAAUGCACAGGAUCAGAAUAAUGGUUGGACGGCAUUGCAUUUGGCAUGCAAGAAAAACUCAGUGGAAAUGGUCAAAUUGUUGGUUGAAAAUAAGGCAGAAUUGAACAUUACAACAAGAGAUGAAUUGAAACAAACUCCACUGCAUUUGGCUGCUCAUUUAUCAUCUUUGGAAAUUGUGAAAUGUCUUCUGGAUAAUGGAGCAAACAAGUCUCUGACAGAUCGAUUUGGAAGUACCCCAGAGAAGUGGACAAAAAACCCAGAAAUCAAAUCCUUUAUUCUUAAUCAUCAUAUUAACGAUAAAUCUAGUGAUUCUAUGUCGAGUACGGAUUCAAAAAAACAAAUACUGAACAACAAGUACAGCAUAGAGGAGAGAAUUGGAAAAGGAGGAUUUGGAGUAGUUUACAAAUGCAGCAUGAUUAUACCAGGAUCGGAGCCAGCCCCUAGAGCCAUUAAGGUUGUGACAUUUGAGGACGAACUGGAAAUUGAAAAUGCAAAUAGAGAAGCUGCAGCCAUGUUGCAACUAGAUAAUCCAAAUGUUUUGAAAACUUAUGAAAUAUUUAAGUAUGAGCAUGAUGACUCCAGUAAGGGUUUAUGCUUUUGUAUGGAAUAUUAUGCAUAUGGAGAUUUGGACUCGUACAUACGAAAACAAAAGGACCCAAUCCCUCCAGAAAUUGUUAUUUCAGUAUUUUACCAAAUGUCAAAAGCUCUGGCAUAUUUACAUGAACGUAAAUUAAUUCACAGAGAUUUGAAACCACAAAAUAUUUUCAUUAAGAAUUUGGAUGGCAAAGUAAUCAAUGUGGUUCUUGGAGACUUUGGUCUCAGCAAAACGAUCGAAAAUACACAAAAUCAAACCAAGGCAGGAACUUGGUUGUUUAUGACAGAUGUCUGGAGUUUAGGUGUGGUCAUGUAUCAAAUCAUGUCCAAAGACUUGGAAACAAAUGUGUGUGCCUUAUUGCUCACAAAAGGCUCCUCAGCAAUCGAAACAAUCAAGCAAAACAUUUCAAGAAAUGGUUUGUAUCCAAACAAAGUGGUCGAGUUGGUCCUUCAAACACUCUCGGUUGAUCAUGAACAACGCCCAACAGCAGCCGAUCUAUGCACAAGUCUUGCAAGCAUUAAAGAAUAA